GUCACCGGAAGCGGAGAAGAAGAAGAGUUCUCGUUGUUGUUGUUGUUGUCUCGCGCUCAGCUUGCAGCUUCACGCGCACACCCGAAGAGAACCGGACCCGGAGCGACCAAAACCUUCCGGAACAAUCAGGAACCCUUCCAGGUCAAAGGUCAAAGGUCAGGAACUCCUCCAGGUCAAAGGUCAAAGGUCAUGGCUCUCAUCUCUCUGGAAGACCUCGACGGAUUGGACGAUGAGCAGCUGGAUGAUGACAUCACCGAUAACCCUGAGCCAAUGGAUGAAGAGAACUCUGACAGGCUGCUGGCCUAUUGGCAGGAAGUGGGGCGGGGCCACCAGGUGACAGUUCCUCCAGAGAUGACGGGACCGAUACAGGAAAUGACCCGUAACAGCCAGCAGAGGGAGCCGCUGCCCUUCGUCUCCGUUUCCCGCCAUGAGAAGUUGGGGCAGGUGUGUGAGGAGCGGGUGUACCCGGCAGGGAGGUGGGUCACUGUGACGAGCUCGGAGGAUCUCUACGAGCAGAGCAUCUCCACGGCCUUCAUGAGACUCAUGAGGUUCAUCUGCAAGGAGAACUCUACAGGGCGGUACCUGGGCAUGACGGUUCCCGUGGUGAGCAGCGUGCAGAUGAUGGAGGACAGGAAGUCGUUUGGAAAGGAAGUGAUGACGGCGUUCUUCCUGCCCGCUGAGUUUCAGCAAGCCCCGCCCACUCCCACCGACCCCGCCAUCACCGUUGUGGAUCGAGAGCCAAUCAGAGUCAUCGCCAGCACCUUCUUCGGGACGACCAAUGAGGAGACGGUUCUGCGUCAGGUGACCCAGCUGUGGGAGGUUCUCGGUUCUCGUCCCGACGUUCUCCCGGACACGUUCAUGGUGGCCGUGUACGAGAACCCCGGCGUUCCUCAGCGCCGCAACGAGAUCUGGUUCCUCUGCCGGAACCCGUAGGUUCCUCCGGCUCCUCUGAUUGGCCGGGUCGUCGUCUGUCUUUCUAUCCAUCGACCAAUCAGAGCGGCCGUUCAAAGCCCCGCCCCUCCCUGACUAACUGAUAUCCUAUUGGCUCGCGGUCCCCGUCUCUCACACAUAACUUCCAUUCUGAUUGGCUGAGACCUGUGAUGAUGUCAGUAGCAGUGUUUCCAUGGUGACGGUUACAGAGCAGGACAGGAAGUGGCAGCUGCAGACAGGAAGUGGCUGAAUCCAGACAGGAAGUGGCUGAAUCAAGACAGGAAGUGGCAGCUGCAGACAGGAAGUGGCUGAAUCCAGACAGGAAGUGGCAGCUGCAGACAGGAAGUGGCUGAAUCCAGACAGGAAGUGGCAGCUGCAGACAGGAAGUGGCUGAAUCCAGACAAUAAUUUAAUAUUUAAAAUAAUUUAAAUUUAAUUAUUAUUUAUAUUAUAAUUUGAAUUACUGAUGACGUCGUGUUUCAGUCCUUAUUGAUCAGAGCCGAUUGGCUGCUGCUCAGUGAUGACAUCAUUAAAACAGCUGACAGGAGGCAGCAGUGGAUUGUGGGUAACAUCUGGAUUCAGCCUGAAAAAAACUGAUGACAUCACUUCCUGUUUGUUUAUUCUUCAACUACAAGUAAAUAUUUUAAGAGAUGAUGAUGAUGAUGAUGAUGGUGAUGAUGAUGAUGGUGAUGGUGAUGGUGAUGAUGAUGAUGAUGAUGAUGAUGGUGAUGAUGAUGAUGAUGGUGAUGAUGAUGGUGAUGGUGGUGAUGAUGGUGGUGAUGAUGGUGAUGGUGGUGAUGAUGAUGAUGAUGGUGAUGGUGAUGAUGAAGGUUAGAUAUGAAUCAGGUGACUUGUGUUUCUUCGUGUUUAAAUAUUUGCAUGUUUUUGUUUUUGUGAAAUUUUAAAUCAAAAUGUUUUUUAAUUUUCUGGAUUUUGUCGAAAUAUUAAAAAUAAAAUGAUUAAA